UCAAAAUGGUGGAUGAACAAGCUGUCAAAAAUAGACGGAUGUAGUAAUUGUCGGAUUAAGCAUAUCUUUGAAGAAGAUGGCAGGAUCUUCAGAUAGUAAUUAUGCAAUUCGGUCUAGAAAACAUUCCGAUGAUGUGCAGUCGUUGGAUUCGUGGAGUGAGUUGAUUCCAGAAAGUCCGAGAAAUUUAGGUGAAACAAGAAGUAGAACUGACAUGUUGCUCAGUCCAGCAAAACUGAGCACUAUACAGGAACCGCCUGAAGUCAAAAUUACUCGGGUAAAACUUAAUAAAAGUAUCGAGAUGGAUAAUCCUAACAUAUCUGCACGUCCAUUGUUAUUUUCUGUACCUCCGGAUCAGUUUGUCGAAAAAACUAAUUCCCAUGCGAAAAUGCAGCAAAAGAAGCACAAGCGAAGACAAAAACAUGAGAAUGUUCAACAGGUUUCAUCAGAUAUAUCCGAUAAUUCAGGUCUUUCAGGACAAAGCAUUACUCAGUGUGGGUGCCUGGACUGUAAAGAUGCCGGCAGAUUAGGAGAACACAACUCACAAUUACAUUCCAGUCCACAUAGGCGAACUGCCUUUUUUAAACCAAAUUACCUUAAACAGUCUGCUCAACCAUUUCAAAACAUUUUAUCAAAAAGGCAAAGGUCAAAGGAAUCAUUGGAAAAUGAAAUAGAACAAUCAGAAAAAGUGAAGAAUAAAUUAUUAUCAGUCUGGAAUAACGUGAAGUAUGGUUGGACAUUGAAGCCAAAGACAAGUUUUGAAAAGGACAGUCCAAUAUUUCUACUGGGAAGUUGCUACACCAGAAGACCAGAUGAUGAUGACCUAGAGCCUGGGUCUGUUGUUCACAAUCUCCCACACAGCAUGGAGCAGUUUAAACAAGACUUUCAGAGUCGACUCUGGUUCACAUACCGCCGGGACUUCCAGGCUCUACCUAAUACACGUUUUACAACGGACUGUGGCUGGGGCUGUAUGCUGCGUAGUAGUCAAAUGAUGCUUGCCCAGGCUUUUAUUAUUCAUUUCCUGGGAAGAGAUUGGAGGGUGCAUACUCAGAGCAAAGAACAGGAGACAUUCUACCGUAUGAUCAUUCAAUGGUUUGGUGAUUCAAACAGCGACCAGUGUCCUUUCUCUGUCCAUCGUCUAGCAGAGAUUGGAAAAACCUUUGGCAAACAACCAGGGGAAUGGUAUGGACCAUCAUCUGUCGCCUAUAUUCUGAGAGAUGCAAUGGAAAGAGCUGCCAGUUCUCAGCCUGUACUAAAGGAUAUCUGCGUUUAUGUUGCUCAGGAUUGUACAGUAUACAAACAAGACGUCAUCAACAUGUGUACCGCUCGGCCCAGAAACCUUACGGGUUCCCACGAUUCCCACAGCAGUCAGGACACCCAUGUGGGUGAUGCGGGCUCUAAAAACCCUGUUGACCCAGGCAGCAAGGAGUGGAAGAGAUCUGUAAUCAUUCUGAUACCAGUGCGGCUGGGAGGGGAGGAGUUUAACCCGAUUUACACUCAGUGUGUGAAGAACCUUGUGGCACAGGAAAACUGCAUCGGUUUGAUUGGUGGAAAACCAAAGCAUUCCUUGAACUUCAUUGGAUGGCAGGAUGACAAACUGAUUUACUUGGACCCCCAUUUCUGUCAGGACUAUGUGGAUACACAGAAGAGGGACUUCAAAAUAGAGACAUACCACUGUUUCUCCCCACGUAAGAUCUCACUAAACAAGAUGGACCCGAGCGCCACUGUCGGGUUCUACUGCAGAAAUAAGCAAGACUUCGACCGCUUUAUAGAGUACACCAAACAGAUGGCGAGCACAACUAAGAAUGGCGGUGGCAUCUACCCGAUGUUCGUGUUCAGCGAGGGACGGGGCGCUGACCUUGACACGAGUGACCUCAGUAUGAGCAUAGAACGCUCUCUUGUGAUACGUCACGUGGUUAGGGACGAGAACGGCAAAGUACGGUCAUCCACGGUGGACUCUGAGGAAUUCGUAGUGUUAUAGUAGUCAUAAUUCUAAUGACUUAUGUGGAUCUCUUGGUAGUGUCCAGUUGACAUUAUCUCUUUUGCAUAAUUAUAAGGUGUCUAAUAUAAAGAUAUCUGGAGUUUUGAUGUCUGGUGACCCUUUAUCACUUUGGAAACACUUGAACGAGUUUGAUGUGUAGAAAAUAUAUAAAGCUUUAUUGGAUUUAAAAAUUGCAAAUGAUUCCAAAAUUAGUUGGGAUCACCGCACAUCAAAAAUUAACAUUAUGGAUGAAUAGAAAAUUAGCAUAUUUGCGGGUCGGAUUCCUUAAGCGUUCCCGUCAUAAGUUCCUUAUUGAAUGAAAUGGAAUUAGGACGAAAGAAAUACAUCGUCAGAAAGUAACAACAUAAUACCGAACGUUUAAAAGUGUAUGAGUUUUUAUUGUACACCAGGAGAAUGUUUUUAUGUCAUAAUGAUUGUUUAAAUUUGAAUGUGAUAUAUUACACAAGAUUACUGUUAAUAUAACUAUUUUUGCAUACAUGUAAUUAUUAUUCGAGUUCUAGUAACAGAAACCCCAAUAAUCUAACCAUCAGUAGAUGCACUUGUAUAUUUUGUAGGGCAAACUAGUUGCCAAGUUUAUUUCACUCCUCUGUUUUUUGAAUAGAAGAGGUACUGUGAUAGCCUUGCUGUUGUCCUCGUGAACCAAUACUUUGGUAAUUACUUGAACUUUUUGGCAACUUGAAAUACCGGUAAUUAUUUUUAUGAAACAUGGUAAACAUGUUCACUUUGACAAUACACACUGCACCUCACAUGCAGUAACACGUCAAUACCUAACCUUGGCUUAAAUAUGACCGAUAUAUGCCCUUGGAUGGAUUAAGGAAAGAGGACUAGUGUUUACAUCCACUUGCGCUACUAUUGUCGUGUUAUUACCUGGAGUAGAGACGCUGUCUGAUAUCUUUAGUACUACUUCAAUCAUAUUCAAACUGUUAAUAUUUUAUUAUGCCCCCUUUUGAAAAAAGUGGGGUAUAUUGUUUUGCACAUGUCGGUCGGUCUGUCUGUCGGUCGGUCGGAAUACCAAAUGGUUUCCGAUCAAUAACUUGAGAACGCUUUGACCGAGGGACCUCAUACUUGGUACGUGUAUUGGUCAUCACCAGCAGAUGAACCCUAUUGAUUUUGAGGUCAGUGGGUCAAAGGUCAAGGUCAGUGUGACCUUUACAUGAAAAACGGUUUCCGAUCAAUAACUUGAGAACGCUUUGACCCAGGAACCUCAUACUUGGUAGGUGUAUUGGUCAUGACCAGCAGAUGAACCCUAUUGAUUUUGAGGUCAGUGGGUCAAAGGUCAAGGUCAGUGUGACCUUAACAUGAAAAACGGUUUCCGAUCAAUAACUUGAGAACGCUUUGACCCAGGGACCUCAUACUAGGUAGGCUUAUUGGUCAUGACCAGCAGAUGAACCCUAUUGAUUUUGAGGUCAGUGGGUCAAAGGUCAAGGUCAGUGUGACUGUAAGCUGAAAAAAGGUUUUCUGAUUGUCCAUAUCUUAUUUAAGUGUCCAAAUCCUACUAACAAUUUGGCUCCCAAGGGGGCAUAAAUGUUUCACUAACAUCUCUUGUUUAAGUUAUAACAGCAGUCCCUACGGUACCUUCCCGGUACCUUGUCUUUCAAAACGUCGACUCUACGUAUGCUUUGUAUAUACCACUAUAAAUUAUAAAUGUCAACUGGUCAUUGUUUUGUGUUAUUGAUUUACGAUUGUGGAAACUUGUCUGCAUUAAGUUUAAAUAAAUAAUGAAUUAUC